AGAGGGUGCUAGCCCGUUAGCCUGUUAGCCUGUUAGCCUGAGAUGAGGAGGAAUUUCCGGCGAGUGGGCGGUUUGAGAAAAACACGAAAACUUGAAUCUGCGGACCAGUGACGCUUCAUGGGGGCUUUAUCUCUCCGUAACAGAAAGUGAAAGCAGCUGCUGUCUGUCCGUUGAGGAGCUGAUGGAAGCUCGGCAGAUGUGCUCCUGCUGUCAUGACCGCUCUCAUCUGGAUGCUCUCGUGGCUGCCUCUGAUCCUGCCAGCUGUAGGUAUCCUCCCAAAGCCCGUCAACGUCUCCCUGACAUCACUCAACUUCAGUUAUAUACUGAAAUGGCAGGCGGGACCAGGCACACCUCCAGGGGUCUACUAUAACGUCGAAUACACAACUGACAGAAAACAUAGCUGGAACCCGGUGGCCGGCUGUGAGCGCGUGCAGAAGCCUCUGGUUUGUAACUUGACGGCGGCGUUCUCCGUCCUAACGGAGAGGUACUUAACAAGGGUUGGAGCUCAGCUGGGAGGCCAGGUCUUUGGAGAACCGGUCAUAUUCACACCCAUCGAACACCUGAGUCUGCCGCUGCUUAGCGUGGCGCCCAGCGACAGAAGCCUGAGCGUGGAUCUUCACCCUCCGCUGGAGCGCCUCAGGAAGAGCUACGACAUUCUCCAUUACGAGCUCCAGAUCAGCAGCAGCAACCUGGAUAAGCCGGAGGUCAUCAAGAUGCGCUCUCUGAAGAGCUAUAAGUGGGAUUGUUUGGAGCCCGGCAGGCGGUACUGUGUCACCGUGCGAUUCUACGACGACCUUGAGCAUAUGCAAUCCAACUUCAGCCUGCCUCAAUGUGCUACAAUACCAGCCAUCUUCUCUCCAGACCCGCUGAUCUCGGGCAUCUUGUGCUCGUUCGUGAUCAUCAUCGUGUUCUGCAUCUUCCUGCUGAUCGUGACCGGGUUCAUCUGUCUGAGACGGAGGCUGCUGCCGUCGGUUCUGACAACCAUCCAUCACCUGGAGGAGGCGGGGCUCCACGAUCCCUAUAUCAUCUCCCCCCUGAACGUUGAGCAGACGGCGCCCUCUGCAGGCAAAAAGGGAAGCAGCUGCUCCUCCUCGGACGAGAGCGAUGACGAGGGUGAGACGGAGAGCACGAGCGCCAGCACAGGAGGGGCGUACACACAGCGGGCGGGCACGAACCUCCUCUCCUCUUCAUCGUCUUCAUCAUCAUCUCUGACUCAGCCCAAACCGCCGCCUCUUCCCUCCUCCAAUCAGGAGCCGUACUCUCAGCGGGACGCCCUGAUUUCAACAGGAAGUCCUUCCAGAGCUGGGCUGGAGCUGAGGAUGGGCUGUGGAGGAAGACCUGAGGAGGAAGAGGAGAAGGAUGUGAACCUCCUCACAUUAACUUUCAGCAGGGUGGAACAGGAGGAGGAGGAAGAAGAGAAGGAUGUGAACCUCCUCACAUUAACUUUCGGCAGGGUGGAACAGGAGGAAGAGGAGGAGAAAAAAUCAGACUUCAUUGUGGAGGAGGUGGCGUUUGACUCAGUGCUCGCCGAGGAGGGCGCCACAGAAACUGUUCAUGAUGAAGAGGAGGAGGAGGAGGUCUGUGGAUACAUGGGGCGCUCGGGUAUCUGACAGAGCUCUUUAAGGUGCCUGGUUAUCAGGUCCAUGUCUGGGUUCAUGUGGGCCAGAGUUUGAAAUGUUUUCAUUUUCCCUCCACCAGCAGCAGAGCAGAUGUCGGCCAUUUUUAUUCUCGCCUCUUUGCUGAUAUUUUUUAUUUGAAUCUGUCAGUCAGACGGCUGAAGUCCAGAGAUCGUCUCAUUGUUUCAGGUUUUAUUAAUAAGGGUGAGUUACCCACUGAUGCAGGAGGUCGAGGACGUCCGUCCCUGCUGCGUCUCUGGAGAUGGCGACUCAGCCACCUCUAAAAGGCUAACGUAAGGUUUGCGUCCGGUCUCCGCGGUGAGCAGCUAGAGGACGUCCCGUUUUAGGGAGGCGAUCUAUCUAAAUCUCAUGUUCCUGUUAGACUUGAAGUUUUCUGUGGAAUUUGAAACAUGUGAGAACAGCACUGUAAUAAUGUUGAGGCCAGUUCUGAGCAGGUUUAUUUUUAUCUCUUAUUUUAAAUAAAAACCAGUUUGUUAGUUUUGUCAGUGACGGACACACAGCUGUGUUUGUUGGGCAUUCCCAAAGUCCGUCACAUUAUCAUCCCAGUGCCCGAGUCGAACUCUAACCCAGACCGAGUCUGAACAAAAUGUUUCAUAUUCAGCCGUGCUUUGGAUUAUUACUCAUGUUUGCACCAUGUGAUUAAAGCAGAGUAAGAAGGCAGUUAAACAGCCACUUUGUUCACCUGUGGGGGGGAUGGUGGGGAACAGGGAGGCUUGGCUUUACAAUGAAAAAGACCUGCAGCGACACCUGGUGGACUUGCUUCAGUAUGACAUGCAUAAUGACCCGGGCGUCUUCUGGAUCGACUUCUUCCCCUUUGGACAAUAACGUCUCUCACCUGCAGACUUUGUCCAUCAGCACUGAAACUCUGACAUUUGUAAAUGUUUGGUUACUGUGAUGUGUCUGUGUUGGAGAGCUGCUGCUCUGAGCACUGAUUGUGUAACCAGCUCCGUUAGUUUUAGUUUUUAUUCUUGUUGGUGACAGUAAAACAAACUGAAGCACAACAGAAAAACAGAAUCGUAACAAACUGAAGUCAUUUCCUGUAUGUUUCAUGUCAGUGACGAUUAGUUUCUGUUUCCUGUAAGGACCUCUGUAAUCAGUGAUGUAGAGCUGAUUAUCUCUGAAUCAGUCUGAUUGAUUGUUGUUGUUGGUUUUUGUCCCUCUGGUCUCUGGUGCGCGCUGCUGGACAAUUUUUAUGAUUUUUAAUGUUUUAUAAUCAAGAAAUAAUCUGACAGCAGAUGAAAUUACUUGAUUCUUAUGUUGUGUUUAAAGGCAGCGACUGUUGUUAUGGGCACGUCUGUGUCUGAACUCUUCAUUAUGUCUGAUCAUGAACGUGUCUGCAGCGAAUCAGACUCACACAGCCUGCUUACUGGCUUAUUUUCAUUCACAUAAAGCACAUCAUACCUCUGUAAUGCACUCAUACAACUCACAGCUUUAUUCAAACAGUGUAAUCACAACAUGUUUGUGCCAUUUUUGCAUGUUUGUACUCACAGUUAAAGUGGCCAGUGUUGAGCCACUUCAUUUCUAUAUUGAUCAAAAACAACAAGAAGCCUCAGAUGUUUUUGUACAGACUCGUGCUUCAAACCAAUAAAGGUCUGAGACCGUG